CCUAACCAAUGCACAUAUUCUUAUCUAGCCUCCUUUCACUCAACCCCCCUUCUAUCUAUCUAUCUCUUUAUAUCACUUUGUCCCUUCUUUUUCCCCUUGUGCAUCUCUCACUUUUCUCCAUCUGCAAGGUGAUUUUUUUUUUCAAGCAAGAAGAAGGGAGAUAUGGCAGAUUUCAAUGGAACCGAAGGAUUUGUUGUCUCUGAUCAGGACAACCAGGGAGCAACAGGUGGAAACAAAUAUGGAGGACUUGCUCCCAAGAAAAAGCCUUUGAUUUCGAAGGACCAUCAACGUGCCUUCUUUGACUCUGCUGACUGGGCCCUUUGCAAGCAAGGUGCGGCUGGAAUGAAUCAAAGUUCAACAGUGGCAAUUGAGACUCUCCGACCAAAAUUACAGAGAACACCGCACCAACAACUUCCCCCUAGAAGGCCCGCAUGCACAUCCGGUCCAUCUAGCCAUGAGGAGUAGAUCGAUCGGGAUAUGAUAAGAUAGAGGAGAAUUUAGUUUGUGAUGUUUCUACAAGGACUUUAAUUCUUGAGAUUGGACAGUUGUUGAAACUAUCCUGUUAAUGUCAAGUUUGCUCUUCCAUCACUUUAACUAGCGACUCGAGUGUAAAUAUCUAUUUUACUAAUCGGUAA